AAGAAACGUUAUGCAAACAAGGAUGAGAAUAUAUAAAAGCGCGAUUCCUCGAUUUACGCGAAUUAGUCUUGAUACUUACUUGCUGUAUAGCUGUUCGGAUCGCUCCGCAGUGUUCAGUUUUGAAAGUGUAAUGUAAGAAAAGUUUCGUUAAAAAAUGUUUGCUAUAGUUUUUGCUUUUGCGCUUACAGUAGUGGGCUAUGUUUCAGCAGAAGUACCCUCCUUUAUUCACGUGUGCGGCAGAAGAGAUCCAAACCUUGAUCAAUGCAUCUUGGAUAACGUCGAAAAUUUGAAAGAUAAGAUCUGCGAAGGAAUUCCGGAAUUGGACAUUCCGUCAAACAAUCCAGUCAUUCUUGACGACAUAGUCAUUUCCGAUAGUUCUAAUUCCAAAAUAAAUCUCAGAGAUGUAAAAGCGAUGGGACUUUGUGACUUUGAAGUAAAGUAUUUUAAACUAGAUCUCGACAAUCUCCACUUCGAUGCUGAAAUCUUUUUUAAGCGGAUCCAAUUGAAUGGUACAUAUGAUUUUGACAUACGCUUACUGAUACCCAUCGUUCAAAAGGGACCAGUUUAUAUCACUUCAGAUAAUAUAAACGCAAAGGCAAACUUGGACAUGAAUGUGGUAACGAAAGAUAGCAAAAGAUACGUGUAUAUGUCAAAGAUAAAGUUAAAUCUCGACAUUAAAGGAUACGACGUUGACUACGGAAUAAAUUCUGAAGAAUUAAACCGACUGAACCAAAUUAUUAGUAAUUUCAUAGGCAAUAAUCAAGAAGAGGUUAUUAAGACCCUUAAGCCGGCAAUUGAAGAAGCAGUUGUCAAACGGAUUCUCACCCUUUCCAACGAUAUAGUUAAACACUUUACGUUCGAAGAGCUUUUCCCCGAUAAACCAUAAAUUGCCUAAGUUUAUUAACAUUGUCACAAUUAUUUCGUUUAUCUCGUCAUUCAUUUCAAGAAUUCGAAAAUUCUGAAAAAAAUUUAUUUUAAACUUAAAUUUUAAAUGCUUUACGUGUUAUUUUAAACAUGAUGUUUAAAAAGGUUUUAUGAUGAUACCUAAUAGUUUCAAAAUUAUUAGAAAAGAUACAAAUAUGUAGAACGUGAAACUAUGAGGAUGUAUUCUUUAUUAUGUAUAUUUAUAUUUAUAUCUUAUCUAUAAAAUAUAUAAAAUAAGAUUCUACACAUAUACAUAUGCUAAAUACAUCUCAGAAUAAUGCAUAUCUCUUAUUUAUCUAAUUAGUAACUUUAUUAUUCAUUAACAACGUAAAUGUGUAUACAUACAUAAAAAACUAAAAAAAUGUACAUUAAA